AUGAUUGACUGGUUUACCCGCUGGUCCGAAGCCGUUACCGUUCCUGACGCGACCGCCUCCACAGUAGCUGCAGCCCUCGUCACUACGUGGAUCUCUCGUUUUGGAAAGCUGUCCGUCGUCACAACCGACCGCGAUCGCCAGUUCAAGUCAGCAUUAUUUGCCGCGCUCACCAACUCUCUCGGCACCAAACGAAUCCGGACCACGGCAUACCAUCCUGCGUCGAACGGCCUGGUCGAACGUCUACACCGACAACUCAAAGUUGCGUUCCGUGCCUCCCCCCACAUCCCAUGGUCAGAGGUUGUCCCGCUUGUCCUCCUAGGCUUACGCGCCGCCGUCAAGCCCGAUCUGGGAUGUUCCGUGGUCGAGCUCGUCUAUGGCACAACGCUGCGCCUUCCUGGAGAGCUACUGUGCCCACCUCCUGUCGACCCUCCGAGUAGCGCCUCAGACUAUGUCAGUCGGCUUCGCCAAGUCAUGGGUUCGCUCAGGCCAUACGCCUCCCGCCCACCACGCUCCGCCAGCAGCUACCAACACCCUGACCUGACCACCUGUACCCACGUCUUCAUCCACUGUGACGCCGUGCGAAAACCACUCCAGCCCCCCUACACCGGCCCAUUCCGAGUUCUAGAGCGCGCAGACCGGCACUUCACCCUCGACAUCAACGGUCGCUCCGACGCCGUCACGAUGGAGCGUUUGAAACCCGCCUUCUUCGACACAUCAUGGCCCGUUUCUACCUCCCAUGAACAUUCGCUAGCCCGACCUGCCCAACUGGCUGUGUGCAACGCUUCACCUGGUCUGCCGACCCUUCCGACCCCUCAUCGGGCUGUCCCAUCCUCCCGGGCGCCCCCGAGACGCGUCUCCUUGGCUCCUACCCACGCCGUGUAUCACUCUUUGCCGCCGGCAGUUCGCUAG